CACAAUAAUUUGGCGGUUUGGCUAUCGAAUUCAGCUUAUAUUUAUCUCUCGAUGUCAUUUAUUCAAAUGCUCAAGGCCCUUAUGCCUGUGGCGGUUUAUUCGAUUGGAGUGAUUUUCAAGGAGACUUUCAAAUCAGAGAUGAUGAUGAACAUGAUUUCGAUCUCUAUUGGGGUUGGCGUGGCCGCUUAUGGAGAGGCUAAAUUUGAUGCAUGGGGAGUGACUCUUCAACUGGGUGCUGUGGCUUUUAAGGCCACAAGGCUUGUCAUGAUCGAGAUCUUGCUUACUUCCAAGGGAAUUACUCUUAAUCCCAUUACAUCCCUAUAUUAUGUUGCUCUCUGCUGCUUGGUUUUCUUGUUCAUCCCUUGGGUUUUCGCCGAGUUUCCUUUUUUGAAGGAAACCUCCAGCUUCCAUUUCGAUUUUCUGAUUUUCAGGACCAAUUCUUUUUGCGCAUUUGCAUUGAACCUCGCAGUUUUCUUGCUUGUUGGGAAGACACAAGGUUGAAUUUGGGUCGGUGUA